AUGAAACCCAGCGCUGCGGAGGCCGCCGACAGAGCAGCGCGUCCCCCAGAUGGAAUGCAAGGAAAAGCAGAAAGGAUAAAAUCUGCUUUGAAGAGUGUGAAAAAAGACACAGGGAAAACAGAGAAACUGAAGUUCAAGCCACUCACUGGGAAGGUUUUUUACCUGGAUAUUCCUUCACAUGUCAUCUCUGAAAAGAUAGCAAAGGACCUCAGAGAGCUGGGAGGGAGAGUGGAAAGUUUCCUUAGUAAAGAUAUCAGCUAUCUGGUGUCUAACAAAAAGGAGGCCAAAUUUGCACCCAGCCUUGCUCAGAUUUCUCCUGUUCCCAGCCCAGAGUCUGCACAUCAUGGAGGGAACAGUUCCCCUCACCCCAGCAACUGCAGAGAUCAACAGGAGGGGAGUUCAUUCAAGGUGGUGGACACAGUGCGUAUGAGCAGAGGAAAAUCCCUGGUUAAGAAGGCAAUGAAAGAGCAGCACUUAAUCCCCUCUGGUAGCAUCCUGUCCAAUGCUUUGAGCUGGGGAGUGAAGAUUCUUCAUCUGGAUGAUGUUAAGAAUUACAUUGAACAAAAGAAGAAGGAGCUCUACCUCCUCAGGAGGCCAGGCAGUGCUUCCAAAGAUGUGGAAAAACAAGUUCCUGCUUCAAAGUCCAGAACAGGCAGGCUGAAGAAUCCUUUUGUCAAGGUAGAAGACAGAAGCCGCCAGUACCGACCCUUCUAUCUGCAGUUCCCCAUCUUCCCAGCUCUCAACUACUGUGUUCCAAAGCCCUACAGCCCCUUUGAGGUGGAGAAGAAGCUUCCAUCUGCUCCAAAGCAAACUCAGCCUAAGCAAAGAAACAAAAUAAUCAGUGACAAGGACUGUGGGACCCCUCUUCAUCUGCCUCAGAAGGACAAAAAGAAGAGAGGAUAUUGUGAAUGCUGUGGAAAGAAAUAUGAAGAUCUGCACACACAUCUUGAAAGUGAACAGCACCAAAACUUUGCACAAAGCACAGAGUACAGAAUCGUGGAUGAAAUCAUCUCCAAGUUUGUUUAUCAGUUUGUGGAAUACAAAGAUGAUGCCAAAAAACUUAAAAGGACAAAAUGCAGCAUAGGAUAUUUCCCUCCUGUCCUGGGGAGGGUAACUCGACCAGAGGAGCUGAAGGAGCAGCUGCAGAGGCAGCAGGUGGCCUUGAGAAGUUUCUCCUGGAAGGACUCAGCAGCCUGGGGUCUCAGAGGGGGCUGCCAGCCUGCAGAGACCCAGCCCAGCUCCCUGCCAGCACCAACCCCUCUUGCUCAAUGUGUCUGUCCACACCUGCCACAAGCUUCUGAACUAAAAAGUAAGUUGAGAACCAAUGAAGAAAAGAUCCGAGCUGGUUGUAGUGCUGCAAGCUUCACAGAGUCUGUGGCACAGCCUCCCCCUCAGAGAAGUGCCCAGGUCUGCACAGAGAACUUACCUCAAGCUUGUCAGCUGCUCAGUAAAGAACCACAGGACCCACAAGGAAAGCAAAAGGACUUGCAGGGCUCUCAGGAAGGAAUCUGCCCUUUACAUUCUCAUCUUCCAGUUGCAGAUCUUGGCGAGAAGGACAAAAACCUGUUGCUGCCAAAACGAAAAUUAACCAGUACAGCAGUUCUGCCAGCAAAGUGCCUAAGAAAAGCAGCUGCCCACCCUGUAUCUGGCAAGAGGCAGGGUGACCUCACAGAUAACCAUCAGCAGAGCCUGCUGCUGGAACCCAAGGGGCCUGAUGCUGCUGCAAACAAAGACCUGGGGGAGUUGGCUUCUCAAAGCUCACCCUCUGCAAAGCUGCACAGAAAAGUGAAGCUUUGUCUGGGGAGAAACAAGAGAGAAAGCCAGAGGCAGAAGGUGGAGCUGUGUCUGAAGCAGCAUCCAGAGGCAUUGGCUGCUGCUGAGGAGAAGAAAAGCUGCUGUAGCUCACCAGUGCAGGCCCUCUUGGACCUGUUUCAGACCAGUGAAAGAAACUCCGAGUUUGGAGGUUUCUCAGGUUACACUGAGAGCAAAGAUUCUGCCAACACAAAAGAUGCCUGGGAAGAGCAGAAUAGCAACAUCCCAUGGUGGUUAUUUUCCACUUCAUCCUCAUCCCCCUUUGUUGGAUUUUAA